CCCGCUCGCUCCACUACGUCCUUGAUCCAGCCAUAUUGGAUAGUAAGUUUCCUCGUGAAGGUUAGGAAAUACCGGCAGAUUUAAGUCGGAUUACGAACUUAAAACACAAUGAAUGAUGAAAUGACGGCAGACGAGAGAGUAGAGGCAGCAAAGCUUGCUGAACAGACAGAGAGAUACGAUGAUAUGGCAAAGUUAAUGAUGGAAGCGACGAAAGAUAAAAAGUCUCUUGCUAGUGAAGAAAGAAAUCUACUCUCUGUAGCUUUCAAGAAUGUGGUUGGAGCCAAGCGUUCCUCUUGGAGGGUUGUGACAGCUCUGGAGGAGAAACAAGAUGAUAAUGGUGAAAAGAAGGCGUCCAUUAAAGAUUAUAGGGAGAAAAUUGAGAAGGAAUUAAAUAAAGUCUGCGAUGAAGUACUGGAUCUUUUGGAUACGUAUCUAAUUAAAGGUAUUACUGAGAAAGAUUCCCCGAACCAAGAUGAAGCGGAGGGUGAAGUUUUCUAUUUAAAGAUGAAGGGAGAUUACCUGCGGUACAAGGCUGAAGUUGCCCCUAAAGAUGAUGAUAAAUCUGUUAAAGAAGGUGUGUAUGUCAGUCCUGUUAAGACUUUGAACAUCAUUCUGAAUAUAUAUACCUAUUCAGUAUGGAUAUCUGUGGUCUCUGAAGUGUAGUACUAUUGUAGCUAC